AUGAGUAAACAAUUUGACAAGGAAAAGAGAAGAAAGAUCUUUGAAGAAAUUAUAGACACGGAGGAGAAGUAUUUGUAUUCUCUCGAGUUAUUGAACAAGAAUUAUAUUGUUCCUUUGAAAAAGAACAAAUACUUGAAAUUCGGUCGAGAACUCAACACCAUCGUGUCCAAUUUGACAGUCAUUGUGAAUUUCAAUAAUCACUUGUUGACCAAAUUGAAAAAUGCGAGUGAAGAUGACAUUGGAAAAACUUUUCAAAUGAUUGUCCCGUUUCUAAAAACAUAUACACAAUACUUUAGUAACUAUGAAGCUGCACUCAAUAGCAUUCGAGAGGCAGACAAGAAUCCAAAAAAUAAGAAAUUCUCAGAGUGGCUCAAAAAGACGGAUGAACGUUCGAAAGAGGCCAAUCAACAGACGUUUAAACAAUUGUUAAUUCAACCUGUACAACGAAUUCCACGUUACAAUUUGUUACUUUCAGAAGUAUUAAAGAAUACACCAAGAACUCAUGUAGAUUAUGACAAUUUGAAACUUGCCUCAGAAAAGAUGAAAGAAGUAGCUGAUCACUUGAAUCGACAAAUUACUGAAAUUGAAAAUAGAAACAAACUCAUCAAAUUGAAAGAAAUUUUCGUUUUAAAUCAAUCUGGUAAAGGAAGUGGUAUUACAAACAUUGUAGAACCUCACAGAAAAUAUGUCUUUGAAGGAGAAUUGAGUAUAUUGAGUGACAAUGCAUUGAACAAACAAAAACAUUACUUUUUCCUAUUUAGUGACAUGCUUGUUUGUUGUAAUGAAGUUCCAGAAGCAAUCAAACGGAAACUCAUUGAAGACAAAUUCAAACCACAACCAACCAAAGAAAAAAAGAGAUUGACAUUAUUUAGAAAUGGAGAAGACAAUACUAAUAUUGAAAGAUCUACUGGAGCAUUCGAUGACGAUGACAAUGAAAUUCCAGAACAUUUCUAUACCAUUACAUUCACCAUCAAAUUCAAUACUGAAAAAUUAAUAUUGUCAUCACCUACACCCACACCAACUUCUUCACCACUCAUGUCCACAGCGUCGUCACCAAGUACUCCUUCAGAUAGUGUCGUUGAGGAUAUUUGGGUUCGAGAUUUCACAUCCUUUGAAAGUGAAAGAUUUAACAUUCCAACUUUAUUCCAAUUAAUUACAUCCAAAGAGACUUAUACAUUUGAAACCAAUGAUACCAAAUCACGUGAGAAAUGGGUGUCACAUUUGAAUUCGACUCUUGAAGAACUCAGAAAGAAAAAGAAAGACACUGGAAAGGAUCAAGCAAAACCAAAAGGAUAUCCCAUUGUGUUACUCAAUCUCGCUGCAUUGUACGUGCAAGCCAUUGCUCGUAGCAAAUUAACGAGAACCAAGAAGGGAGAUGUUGAAAAUCGAUUCAAACCAAGGAAAAAGACACAAAAACCUGUCACUUCUCCAAUGGAUCAAUCUCCAACAACACAACCAUUCAAUGAACCAAUUUCAUCCACUUCUUCUUCGAAUCCAUCAUCCUCCACAUCAAUGGAACAACAAGAAAAUUCUCCAAGACCAGUUCGACUUCAAUUUGUGAAACCAAUUUCAGAAGUCACAACAACAACAACAACAUCGUCGUCAUCAUCAUCAUCAUCGUCACUCACAUCACCACGUAAAGAACAACCAACCUCGACAAUAACAAUAACAACAUUGAAUGAUUCCGUUUCUUCACAAGUCGUAGCAACUCCACAACUCGUGGAAGAACCACAAGUCACUGCAACUUACGAUUCAACAACAACAACAACAACAGGCACCACUGCUCAACCUAAAACACCUCGUGAUGAACAAAAACCAAUCACACCACGAGAUCAAGCAGUGGUGGUGGUGGUUGAAGAUAGAAAUCCACAUGUUGAACCAAAAGCAACGACACCUCGUGACAAGAUUGCAACAAGUCCACGUGAUCAAGUUGCAACGACACCUCGUGACAAGAUGGUGGAAACAAGUGCAUUGCCUGAAAAAGUGGAACCAAACAUUGUUGUGGAAACUGUGGAUGAGGAUGUGAAGGAGAUUUCUAUGGAAAUUCCAAGCACUACAUCUGUGUCAACUUUGUCUCAAAAACAUGUCACACAAUCUAUGGAUGAUGCAGAAAAUCAAAAUGGAUGGGAUUCAACUCCAGUCAAGAAUGACAAUAAGGAUAAAACAACACCUGAAAGGAGUUCAUCACUUACAUCUCCAAGAUAUCAAUCACCAAGACAAUCUCCAAGAUUAUACAUUGAAGAUGAAGCAGCAAUGGAAGAAGAAGAAGUCUAUUAUGACGAAGAAGGAAACGUUUUACCACCAUGGAAGGUUGAACUCAUGAAGAAGUUCAAGAAGUAUGGCAGAUUUAACAAUGUUCUCAACCAAUCACAACAAGAAAACAAGAGAGUUGAGAAGAAGAUUGAUAUUCCAACGAAGGGAAUGCAAUUGAGUGCCAUUCGUUCCAUGUUUGAACAAAAGGAUAAACAAGCUCAAGAAGAGAUGAAUACUCUCCGAAGAUCCACAGUUUCUAAGUAUUAA